GAAGUUUAUGAGAAAUUACAUGUGUGACAGAGCCUCUGGUGUGACAUGUGCAUGCCUGUGCCCUUUAGACUGCCUGCGGGUUUGGGGAGAGGCUGGGCAUGUAUGUGCUCAGCGAUGGGAAGCCUGACUCCAGCUGUAGCCUGGUCCUCACAGAGACAGAGAAACUGACCUCAGGGAAACACAUCACCAUCCACACUGUCUCCUACAACUGCACAGAUAGUGUGGCCAACGACUUCCUGAUGAAGCUGGCCCAUCAGAAUAGGGGUCGGUACCACCUUUGUCCUGACGAUGCAGAUGCACUCAUCAUUGGGGAUUUCCUGUCCAUCGACAGUGAUGGAGAUGAACCAGUACUCCCCUCCUUUGAGGGAGAUGACUUAAGGAGACUAGCACAGGAAACUGACAAUUUAAGAUGUUUCCGGAAACAGGCCCUGGCCUUCAGAGAAAUCAUCUCAGUGAAGCAUCCAGAAACAAAAUAAUAUUGGCAACAAGAUUCAUGAUUACCAACUGUACAGAGUGCAGAGGAAGAUUUUGUUUUUUUUAUGUAUGGUAUUAAAAAUGAUCAUAUUAUUCUUUACAUUUGUAAUACACUGUUAAAAAUCCAGAUUUAAAUAAAGACAUGACGUUGUCAUGACAUUUAAGUUUUUUAUUUC